AAUACCACCUACUAACUCAAUAAUGUACACUAAAAAAAUGAUCUAUUUAUAAAAAUCACAUCCCACAAAAAUUUCUAAGAGAAAAAAAAAAUAAAAAAAAUGAAACAUCUUACAGAUCAUUCCCAUGACCUAAAACCCUACGAUUCAUCGUCAUCGGCUAAGCAAGAAGAUGAAGAGAUUGUUAUCUGCUCGGUCUGCAUUCUACAGCUAUCAUCCUCCGAUGCCUACGCCUGCACGAAAACCGACUGCAAAUUCAUCCUCCAUAAAUCGUGUUUCGAAUUACCGCACAAGUUCAAGCACAAAUCCCACCCGGACCACGUUUUCACCCUACUCUCCGAGUUGCAUCCCAGCAGUACUACUAGCCUUUCCUGCAGUGCGUGCAGUGACGCCGUAACCGGGUUCGCGUUCCAGUGCGACAGCUGCGAUUACAAGAUGCAUGUGAAGUGCGCUUUAUUGCCCGAAACCGUGGAGUGCAGAGCCCACGAGCACAAGCAUCUUGAUCUGUACUAUUCGACGUCGAAAAUUCGUUACGAGGAGUAUUCUAAUGUCUUCUCCUGUGACGUGUGCGAUGGUGACGUGGCGGAAGGGUAUUGGACGUAUUACUGUAAGGAGUGCGAUUUCGGUGCGCAUUUGGAUUGCGCCACGGCGGCCACCGGUGAAGCUGGGAAGAAUGGAGAAGGGAAAGGAAGAGAAGGCGGUCUUUGUUUUUUCGGUUUGAUGUCUAAGUGUUUUUGUUUGCCGCAAAAAUUACCCUCAGAAGGCCUUUACACAGAAUUCAGAUUUGCUCACCCUCCUUCGACCACCGCCGCCAGCGUCCCUUUCCCCAAAAAGAUCAUCUUCAUCUUCGUCCUCUACAUGCCAACCUCCGCCCCUGCCGCCAUCGGAAUUCAGAUCUGCUCAUCCACCUUCGACGAAAUAAAAAGAAAGAUGAGGGAGGAGAGGAAAAAUUGUGUCCACGAGCACGUGCUGGUACCCCUUGAACCGGACGACGACGGAGAAGAAAUCACAUGCAACGGGUGCAAAGGUGAGAUAGACGAGCAGUUCUACGGUUGCAUAGACUGCAAAUUCUGCCUCCACGAGGAUUGCGCGGAAGCUCCUCGGUCCAUGGAGCACCCGUCUCAUCCCUCGCAUCCAUUGGCCCUCCACGCAACGCCUACCUACCCGAGCCAAACCUUUUGUUGCGCUGCAUGUGGAAAAGUAGGUAAAGGCUUCGGCUUCAGCUGCGCCCAUUGUUCGUUUGAUCUACAUGUUUCCUGCUCGGAUAUGGCUCCAACUCUUUUUGACGAAGAUGAACAUCCGCACGGACUCAAACUUGUUUGUGAACCGGAUAAAUUAACCGCCGAGCUCGUCUGCAAUAAAUGUUGUCUUCCGAAUGAGGGUUAUUGGGUUUAUUAUUGCGAAACGUGUAAAUUCGCCGUCCAUGGAACCGAGAGGGAGAAAGACCAGAUUGCCCGACAGUUGCUGCGCGACGCACUUAAUGCGGCUGCUGACUAUUUCAAGGUCGAGUACUUGAUGCAUCAAAAAGAAAAAAGAGAGUAUAAUGAUACAUAA